AUGACCACACCCGUCGAUCCCGCCGGCACGGGCCUCGCGGAAGGCAGAAUGGCCCAAGACAAGACGGACGCGCGCGACCUCGCCGCCCUGGGCCACGACGAGGCCCUGACGCGCAAGUUCGACUUAGUGAGCAUGCUCGCGCUCGCCUUCUGCGUGCUGGGCACCUGGGCCGUGGUCGCGCAGAACCUCGAGGCCGCGCUGACUAUUGGCGGGCCCGUCAGCAUCUUCUGGGGCCUGCUCCUCGUCAUGGCCUGCAACCUGUGCAUCGCGACGUCGCUGGGCGAACUGUGCAGCAGCAUGCCCACCGCCCUCGGCCAGGCAUACUGGGUCGCACGGCUGUGGGACAGCCGCCGGGGCCGCUUCGCAUCCUACCUCACCGCGUGGAUCAACACCUUUGGCUGGUGGGCCCUCACGGCGUCGCAAAAUGCCUUUAUGACGGAGCUCCUGCUCGGCGUCAAGGUCAUGUUCGACCCGGACUGGCCGGGCGCCACGCAGGGCUGGACGCUGUUCGCGGUCUACGUCGGCAUCACCGUACUGUUUACGGGGUUCAAUCUCGUCGCCUGCCGUUCCGAGAAGACCUUGCCGUGGUUCAACAACUUUGUCGGCGCCGGCUUUGUCCUGCUGUUCGUCCUCAUCGGCAUGGCCCUGCUGAUCGCCAUAGGCGUCACGCCUGACCUGCACUACCAGCCGGCCUCCUUUGUCUUUGGCGGCUGGGUCAACCAGACGGGCUGGGGCGACGGGGUCGUGUGGUUCAUUGGCCUUGUGCAGUCGGCCUACGGCCUCACCGCGUACGACGCCGUCAUCCACAUGGUCGAGGAGGUGCCCAACCCCAAGCGCAACGCGCCCAUGGCCAUGUACCUCUCCGUCGCCUUUGGUUCGCUGUCUGGCUUCGUCUUCAUGAUCUGCGUCGUCUUUAGCAUCCAGGACAUUGAGAGCGUCAUUGGCUCCCCAACGGGCUUCCCCUUUGUCCAGGUCAUGAUCGACGCACUGGGUCUGGUGGGCGGCGUCGUCCUCACGGCCCUCUUCCUCUUCAACGGGUUCGGCCAGGGCAUCAGCGUCAUGACCUCCGCAUCACGACUGACCUGGGGCUUUGCGCGUGAUGGCGGUCUACCCUGGGGCUCGUAUUUUGGGCACGUGGACCGCACCUGGCACGUGCCUGCACGCGCUCUGUGGCUGCAGUGCUUCAUCAUCUGCCUCAUCGGGGUGUUGUACCUCUUCUCCAACACCGUCCUCGCAGCCGUCUUGUCCGUCAGCACCAUUGCCCUGACAAUCUCCUACGCCAUACCCAUUGCUGUGCUCUUGGCUUUCGGCCGCGACAGGAUGCCUCCUCGCGAGUUCUCCCUUGGGAGGUUCGGCACGGCCUUCAACUGGGUCUCCAUCAUCUACUGCCUCGUCACGACCGUCUUCUUCUUCUUCCCCGCCGCGCCCAGCCCGGCUCCGGCCGACAUGAACUGGGCCAUUGGGGUGUUUGCGGUCGUGUUGGUGCUGUCUGUCCUGUUCUGGUUCGUCAGGGGUCGCGUGACAUAUCUUCGCACACGGGAUGCGUCUGAGAGGGCCUUGCGUGCAAGACAGCUGGAGACUGUCACAUACGAUGGUUUGGAGGCAGACCGUGCAUCCGAUGCUGGUACCACCGCUGGAGCAAAGGGGAAAGUACUGUGA